CUGUGCUUGUUCUACCUGACGUCUGAGCCCUCCCAAAAACGGGAUACAUGGGUGGGGAUGCAGGACGGAGUCAGAAGUGAUACCGUUGGUGUGGAGAGGAGCUGUGUGGGAUGGGCAGUGGUUUAUAGUCGACACUCCCCAUCCAGGGCACUGUGUGUUUGUUUGAGUAUGUGUGUGAGAAAGAUAGACGCCAGUCUCCAUUGGAAGGCGUUCCUCCCUCUUCCUGCCCUUUGGAAGCAUGGAAUUGAAAAGAGAUCGACCAGCGUGCCUGCCAUGCAGUGGUGACUUCUUUGCCCACCGGCUAGCUGACCUCGAGGCCAGAUCAUGGAGCUGAAGGUGUGGGUGGAUGGGGUGGUGCGCGUGGUGUGUGGCCUCUCCCAGGAGACCUCCUGCCAGGAUGUGGUCAUCGCUCUGGCUCAGGCUAUCGGCCAGACGGGCCGCUACGUGCUCAUCCAGCGUCUGAGGGACACGGAGCGGCAGCUUCUGGCCACCGAGCGGCCCCUGGAGUCCCUGGCCAAGCUGGGCCAGCACGGCGCCGAGGUGCAGUUCUUCCUGCGCCGCACGGGCCCCAGCAGCAGCACCAGCGACGGCUCCACCGGCUCCGACCGCAGCCUCACCCUCCCGCGGCCCUCCCCCACCGCCUCCACCAACGACGUGGACCAACCCCCGAAACGCCGGGAGCCGCCACGCAAGUCCCUCACCUUCAACCUGGGCCCCUCCAGCUCGCCCCGGGCCAAGGCCAAGGACACCACGCGCAAGUCCCUGCCCAGUGACUCUCCCGAGCAGCGGGCGUCCCCUUCCCCCGUCCCCUCCUCCCACACGCCCUCACCGCCACCGCUGCCCACCGCCGCGACCACCUCCAGCGGGGGGCCCUCCAAAGAGGAGGUGUUCCGGCACAUUCUGCAGCAGCAGGAGGCCCUGGCAGCCCUGCAGGCCCAGCUGGAGGGCGUGGAGAGGGAGAGCCACGCCUGGGAGAGGUCGUCCCCUUCCCCUUCCCCGUCCAUGCGGAGCUGCGGCUCGGUGGGCAGCGUUUGCAGCAGCGACUCCCCUCCGGAGCAGAAGGGAGAGCUGCAGCGUCUGGAGGAGACGCUGGAGCGCAACCAGGCGGAGCUGGCGCACAUGGACUACUGGGAGGAGGAGCUGCGCGUGGAGCUGGAGCACGAGAGCAGCAUGCGGCGGCGGCUGGCCGAGCUGCACGCCAGGCUGGACGACUGCGGCCGCCGGCUGCUGGACUUCAACGAGCGCGCCCAGCGCCUGGAGCACGAGCUGCAGAAGGAGAGUCAAGGCGGCGGCGUUGUUGUUGCCAUGACGAACGGUAACCACAACGUGAACGGUAACGGCAGCGGCGGUGGCGUGUCGCCGGAGGAGUCUCUGGGGGUGGUGAGGGUGGAGCUCCAGAGCCAGCAGAGGCAGGGGGCGGAGUUGGAGGCGGAGCUGAGCCAGACGGAGAGUACGCUGGGCAAGACGGAGGCUCUGCUGCAGGAGCGUCAGGAGGAGCUGGAGGAGCUGAAUAAGGAGCUGCGCCAGUGCAACCUGCAGCAGUUCAUCCAGCAGACGGGCGUGGUGCCGGUGCACUCCAGCUCCCGCUCAGACCUCACCGAGGCCGACACGCUGGAGCAGCACAUAGAGCUGGCCCAGCUGCUCAAGGAGCGCUACAACAUGAGGAGUCCCAUCUCCCCGCCCGUGGACUCGCCUCCGCGCCCCACUGCCAAGCACUUCCUGGGUCACCCGCGCAACCUGCAGAACCCCCUGGUCUCCAGCCUCAACCCUGAGGUCCUCACAUCCAGAGAAUCUUCAUGGAGGUAAAAGCGGCGUCACUGAAGUGUGGAUUGGUUCCUUUUUUGUAAUUAAUGACAACUAUUGAAACCAUCUUGUGCUAAUAUGUCUACCCAUUUCAUUCAUUUGUUUUGUUGUUAUAAUAUACAUUUAUACAUAUAUAUUAUAUAUCAACUGUACAUAGAAAUAUAUAUAUUUACAUUUUUUGCUACAAUGCAAAGUAUGUACCUACUGUAAGAUAUGACCAGAAAAAAAAGUUUAUCUUUAGAACAUGUCUUGUAUUUAAAUACAAUAAAGUUGUGCGCUGUGUUUU